GUCCCGCCUGUAGAUUGUUGUGAUUGGUUGUUUUUAAGAAGGCUUGAAUUUUAGGUCCUGUGAUUGGUCGAGAGAGCUUUCUGUUUUGGUCGCCUGCCAGCGGCCGUCUGGAAGGGGAGGGGGCGCGUCUGCCUUCCGCUUCUAGGCUGGAGGAUUGACACACAAUGAGGAGCGGAGGCUGGGGAGACGCUCUACAAACACCGCUGUAAAUAAAUACAAGCACCCCUGAGGCCGGACGAACAUGGAAAACCAGUGCACAGUUGAGGUAAAGCUAGAGUUGGGUCACAGAGCCCAGCUGAGGAAAAAGGUGACAUCAGAAGGUUUCACCCACGACUGGAUGGUGUUUGUCCGAGGACCAGAGACUGGUGACAUCCAGCACUUUGUAGACAAAGUCAUCUUCCGCCUACAUGAGAGCUUCCCAAAACCCAAGAGAGUAUGCAAAGAGCCUCCGUACAAAGUGGAAGAGUCGGGCUACGCAGGCUUCCUUAUGCCGAUUGAAGUUUAUUUCAAGAACAAGGAGAAGCCAAAGAGGGUGUGUUUCAACUAUGACCUCUUCCUUAACUUGGAGGGAAAUCCCCCGGUCAACCACCUGCGCUGUGAGAAGCUCACCUUCAACAACCCCACCAAAGAAUUCAGGAGAAAGCUGAUCAAAGCUGGAGGGGUACUGGUGGUUCCAGAAGGGGCUGAAAAUGUGUCCAGACCCAGUCCAGAUUACCCCAUGCUGCCCACCAUCCCACUCUCUGCCUUUUCAGAUCCUAAGAAGACCAAGACCUCUCAUGUCUCAAAGGAACCCAACAAAGAAGGGAGCGGUGGAAGCAAAGUGCCCAAACCGCACAAGUUGACCAAGGAGCAUCGAGAACGUCCAAGGAAAGACUCAGAGAGCAAAGCAACCACGAAAGGGGACAACAACAGAGAUGUAGGCAGCAAAGGUGGCCGAGAUCCUUCCUCUUCCUCAUCCUCGUCUUCGAAAAAGCCCCCUGAGAUUAAAGUGAAGGAUGAAGUCAAGGUCCUGCCAAAGGCCGCUUUCAAGGAGCCCAAGCUCACGCUAAAGGAGUCAAAGAUGGAAGGCAUGUCUCCUAAAGGUGGGGGGGCUGGUAGCGGAGGAGGUGGCGGUGGAGGAGGAGGAGGAGGUGGAGUAGGUUCGGCAGAGUCAAAAGCCCCAGGUAAAAGGCCAUCGGCUGUGGAGUCUCCAAAGCCCAGUGCAAAAAAGCAAAAGAAGGGCAGCUCUGAGGGACCAAAGGGAACGACCAGUGGAGCCUUCACUGGAACAUCUCCUCGUGUCUCCUCUUCAUCUGCUGCUAAUCAGCCCUACGCCGAAAAGAAGUCCUCCAAGGACAAGGGCCGCUGGCUCAAAUUGAAAAAUGAAACACAGGAGGUUAAAGAGCCCAAGAAACCGCCAGAGUCAGAGGAGUCAAAUUCAGAAGAUGAAGCUUCUUCGAAAUCAGAGUCGGCCCCUUCCAGUCCUUCCAUCUCCAGUUCUAGUUCUGACUCCAGUUCAGACUCAGACUUUGAGCCAGGACAGAAACAAGGACAAGGCCCACUACGCUCCAUGGUGGAGGAGAUCCAGUCUGAAGAGUCAGAUGAUGACGACAGCAGUUCAGAGGAGGAGACCCCCAUUAAGACCAACCCACCUAACCGUGAUUCUCGACUAAGCCUGGACAGCGAGAGUGACAGCAGUGACGGCUCGCACCGCCCCAGUCGAGACCCCGCUCCACCCCCACAGAAACACAGCUCCUCUAUUAACAAAGUAUCAGGCAGGAAGAGUCCAGACUCCUCGUUUCGCUCAGAGAAGGUGUUGAAGAAGGGAUACGACAAGGUAGGAAGGGCCUACACAGAAGAGCUGGUAGAACUACAUCGCAGGCUGAUGGCUUUAAGAGAGCGUAACGUCCUACAACAGAUUGUGAAUUUGAUCGAGGAAACGGGGCACUUCAACGUGACCAACACCACCUUUGACUUUGACCUCUUUUCACUGGACGAGUCCACUGUUCGAAAACUACAGAGUUACCUGGAGGCGACGGCCACGUGACAGGAAGUGGGAAGUGGAGUGUGGACGGCAGCGCUGGUGGACGUGAACUUGCCUUUUUCUUCUUGCCUCUAAGGAGACGAGGAGCAGUUACUACAUCUGUCACUGCUGCUCCACAGGUCUGACUGAAACCUUGAACAAAUCCCACACAGACAGGAAGUCACGGUCAAACACAAGCACACUCAAAGACAUGACACCUUCACACAUCGCUGUGGAGGAAACGGAAAGAGGAGGCCAUCUUGUGGAAGGGAGAAGUGGAGUAGUUGAUAUCCAUCUACAGUCAGGAUUCUUAGCACACACACUCAAACACACACACACACACAUCCUAAUUUUGAGCUGUGGACUUUUGCAUUCUUCUGCACUUGUACUGCUCCUGCCUUAGCAAACCAAACUUUUUUUUUCUUCUUCUCCGUCUUCUUUUUCUUCUUCUGCUUUUACUUCCACCUCCUCACAAACAUUUUUUGCCCAAACACUCCAGAACCCUUCUCCUUCUGUCAGCUGGAGCUCAUUUCUCUCCCCACGACACUGUUUAAGUCCUGGUUGUGUGUGUUUAUAUGGUGUGUGCGUGUGUGCAUGCUAGCACUGCGGAGGUUUGCAAAGAGAUGUUAAUGUUUGUGGUUACUGACUUCACUUUGUUCGUGACGCUCCAGGACAAACAACAGCUGGUUCCUCUCCCUCCCUGAACACACACACACCACAAACAACAGUAUACAUUCACAUACUGUACAUUCAGGUUACACUUUACUUUAACCCCUUAUCCGAAUGAAGUAUUUUCAGCACUGCAUUAAUUAAAAUAAAUGUUUUACUUGUUUUCAGCACACUAAAAUGUAGUUGAAAUACGGCAGAAAUAUAUUUUUAUCUUUGUAGAUGUUUGGUGUCAGAAUAGAAGAAAACCUUGGUUUUUGAAAGAAAUUCUAGGAUUUAACUGAUUUGGUGUCUGACUGGUCGCCUUGUGGAAGAAAGUCUCAAUAUUACUUGGGGUGAAUUAACCAGCAGUACUUGAAAACUUCAGUAUCUUCAGAGAGUGGAUUUCUGGCUAAACACUACCUGUUGAUGUGACUAUAAACUGACAUUAGCAUACUUGAAGUUGGCUGUUAGCAGCAUAUUUAUGGCAGCAAACAACAACAACAACUAAUUCAUCACUUUUUAUCACAAAACUGUUAUGUAGAUUGGGGAGGGGGGAUUCCCAUUAUAAUUUAAAGAAAUACUUAUUUGUGUUGCCUUUAGUUUGUGUUUUUUUUUUUUAAACCAUAUAUCAGCCUUAUUUAUGCUAUGAUGUCACAGGUACAUAGUGCAACAAAUCAUAGGAAUAGAGACAACAACAAUUCCAUUCCAUUUUUUUUGGUCCGUCUUUCAGUAUAAGUAAGAGAUAUCAGGUUUUUGAUUUUUUAAUAAUAAAAUAGAUAAUGCGCCUCAGUCAUUAAACAAAGUUUAAACACAGGAAGUUUUAUUCAUCUGAAUUGGGUUCUACAUUUUGGACAGUUUACAACAGGACUCUGUUAUUUCCUAUUGUGCCUUUAAUUAUUAUGAUUUAAAAAAAAAAGAUGGCUGCAUCUCUGCAGAGAAAUUACUUAACGGAUCACUUCCACCUCUUCUUACCUCACACACAUUUAAACUAAGCACUGUUCUAAAGGUUCUUAUACAAACUGUUCCAGAAGAGGGAACAAUAGUGUGUUCAUCCAUGUGUGGUCUGCACCGAUGCUAAAUAAAAUGUUAAUGCUGAUUAAACACUUUCACACCAGUCUAAAAUUAAGAUGUUUUAGGCAGUGAUUUAAAAUAGAUAUUUUUCAUUGUAAGCAAAUUAGUUGUGACUUUUCUUCCCUUAUUGUUUUCCUUAUUAUUUAUUCCUACCAAUAUAUGUCUAUAAGGCUCAUCACUUUCUGAACAUAAAUUAGCAUUAAAUGGACACAAAGCAAAAGUAGAAAGGAUUAGCUGCCGCUUUUGUUUCUCAUGGAUAUCUUUUCAUUUAGACUUGAAAAGAGCUGAGAAAUAAUGUCAUCAACUACAUUAGAGUGUGUGUGUGUUUAUUUGUUACACACUUUAUGUUCUUACCGCACUGUUGGUGGGGGUUAAAGGAAAGUGACAUCCAGGUUGGUGCAUGUUUGUCUUUCUGGGCCGCUACUUUACACUGUACAUAAUGGUGUGUGUGUGUGUGAGAGAACAAGUGUUUGUGUGUUUCAGAUGAGGUGUCGAUCUGCUCUCUGAACAUCUGUAAAGUUGUGUUCCGUUACUUUCCCCAGUCUAGUUCCGCGCACUGAAAGCUGAGUUUGACCUCCUACCAACAGGCCCUCCACCCCUCCUUCUCACUGAGGCUCCCCCACUCCAUCCUUUGUCUCCUCAACCUCCUUUAUUCACACAUUGGCGUGCAUGAAAGGGCUCGGCUGCUCCUGGCCAAAGCAGUGGAGGAUCACUCCUGAAUUGCCUUCUAAGGGGUGAGUUUAAUAAUAAAAAAAAAAAGCCGUGGAAAAAAAAAAAGAGUAGCCAUAACUUUUCUCCCAGAAUCCAAAAAGAGGGAGGAAAAAAUAAAAUAAUAGGGGCCACUUUUUCUUUUUUUCUUCAACAUUUUAUUUUUCUACUUGUACAUUUUGUGUAUUUAUUCCCAGACUUUGAUCAAAAUGCCCUGUGAGCUAUGAAUGUAUAUGGCUUUUACUUUUCUACAGCUUGCAACAUCCCCUCUCUCUAGUGCCUUCUUCUGCAACUUGCAGUGUGAGGCGGGUGGUUUUUCACUCUUUCAGCCGUGGACACGCAGAAUGAACCCAGCCAUCCCACCCCCUCUUAACAACCCCCCCUGUUCCCCCAUCCUGUUUCAAGUGGGAUGUUAAAAAAAAAUCCAGUAUUGUCUUAAUGCUUUUCCUGCUCCUUCUCUUCCACUGUCCUGUAGGCUGUUGUCCAGUUAUUUAGCUGUUUCUCCUUGAACGUGUCAGAUUUUCAUCUCCUUUCUCUGACAGUUCAGACUCGAUGCUCUUCAAAGAUAGUGUUGGACUGACUUUGGUGGUAACUCAGCUACAGAACCAGUCGCAUUUGUUUUGUUUGGGUUUUUUUUUUUUUUUUUGGCGUAAGAUCCGGGUUUACUGUCAAAUAUGGUUCAAAUUCUCUCUUCAGGUGUUUGACAAGACACUGCGGUGUUAAAGUGUCUUUCCCACUGCAGAGUACCAGUACCUUUGGAGUACUGCGAACCUGUUUCCAGGAGAUAUUAUGAUUUGAAUUUUUAAUUUGGUGGCGUGCUUUUCUAUGGGGGCUAGAGCACAAUUAUGAAAAAGUGUUAAUGAACCCUUCCGCCCUGAUCGUCAUGAUUAUUUUGAGUUCUCUGUCAGUACUCUGUCAGGUUAUACUGUACACACCACGUGUUAGCUGUAUCAUGAACAAAUUUGUAGGCAUGAAGCUGUCGUGUCAGUGCCUCCACAGUAACGGUCCAGUGUGUGGCUAAGUUUAAAGAAUUUCUCGACCAAUCAGGAUGAAAAAAUAUCCAGAAUCGGAACUGCUUUGGUGCCACAAAGUUCCCAUUAGUUCAAUUUUAGUUUGUGGUCUCACUGUUACCGUCUGGUACUUCUUCCUGCAGUGGGGACAUGCAUUUUGACACCAGAGUCCUGUUCAUAAAUGAUAUUUACAUUCAACCUAAGUGAACAAAUCACUCAGGGCAGAUGUUCAUACAAGGUCUAAAGUGCAGGCCAUAGACCGUACUGUGCAGAAGUUUCAGGAGGCUGCGUUUGAGAUCCCCUCUGCGGUUUUACAGCCUUCGUCUUUAUUUAAUAUUUAAAGAAAAUGUGAAGAACCACGAGUUGUCGACCGUUGACCACCGUCUGUGAUAAUAACAAAAAGAAACACAAAGGGUUGUGCCUUCUGGACCACAAAGUUGUCAAGAAUGGACUUUUGCUUCUCUGCAUUUGCUCUAAAUAUUUAAACGGCUGAUGAAAAUUAAAUGUAUACACGCGUCAACAACUUCUGCAGAGUACAGUGUUAAAAAAAAUCCUUGGCCUUGUACAGCCAUCAGUGAACCAAAUGAGACGACCUGAGGUGCUCUGCUGGUCUGUCUAUCUCCAGAACAGACGUGCUGUAUAAUCUCUUGGAUCUCUUUCAGACACUAGUGGAGCAGCUCUGUCUGGUCCAGGGCUUCUCCAUGCAGCCCACAGUUUUUUAUCUGUAGUUGUAGUUACACCUGACCGGGGUGUAGGUCGCCUUUGUGCAUAUUUUACAAAGAACAUCUUUUAUUGUGAAUAUGAGCUCAGUUAAACACUGAUGGUGUUUAGUUUUUCCCCUCUCAUUAAAGGGUACUUCUGUAUCAUGGUGCAGUAACAGUGGUUAAUUAAACUAGACUGACUGCUGGUCUCAUCAAGCUGGAUGACUCUGAGUCAGAGUUAGUUUUAUGAAGUCUUCUGAUGUCAGCCCCUUCAAAUGUCAGUGUGUUUUUCCUACAGAAGAAAAUAAUUGUCAUUAUUGAUUUACAUUUAUAAAAUGUUUCACUGCUCAGAGUUACUGUUUUUAACAAAACUUUUACACCUGUGGAAAGAAACACAUCCUGUUGCCAGCUUUGUCAGACCAGGAGUCAGGAUUAUCAGUAUUAAUCUUAAAGCUCAGAACUUAAACUGUUUUCAUGAUUCAGGCCCUGCCGUGUUCCUGUGGCCCCUUCAGACACACACACACACACACACACUAAACCAAACCACUGUGGCACAGACCUUCAGUCGACGAUUCCCUCCACACCUUCACUUCUCUUCAGUCUCAACUUUUUUUUUAUUUCCGUUGACAGUGUUUGACUCUGUGAUAGCUUUAAUUCCUCUGCUCUCUGUCCCUUCCUCUCUCUCUCUCUCUCUCUCCGUCUCCCUCUGUCCUGCUGCUGCUCUCUCUGUGGCUCGGCCACAUCUACAUACUCCCUCUGACCUUACUGUAAACGCGGCCUGAGCAUGGAAAAUGUGUCUCAGCCCUUGAAAACAAAAAAAGCUGGAUCUCUUCCACCUUGUGUGCCCUGCAGUAAUCUCUCUUCCCUCUCUGCCUCUUCUGCAACUUUUUCGAGGUGUGCCUCUGCUCACACAACUUCAGAAACUUCAGGCCGUGAUUACUGACAAUGAACUUUUGCAUCCGUGUGAGUGGCGUUUGUCUGUAAGCGUGUGUUAGUGAAAGGGGAGUGGGGGGGGUAGAAAACACUUUUUUUCCUUUCUGUCUCCGUCUCUGUACAUCAGUGUGGGAACUUCUAAGUCCUAGUUCAUGAACUCUGACCUUUGACCAGGCACUCAUUCAGUCCCCUCCAUGGUGUUGAAGAGGGGGGACUGGACUAAGACCCGCUGUCCACCCACAGUCAACCUUUUAUUUAUGGACCUCUGCACUUUUGGCUGUGAUGACUUCUGUACUUGCGUAGUUACCUAAAUUGUAUUUUUAAGGAUUUUAUACAAUAUUUACAUGCAAUACAAUAUGAAUUGAUUUUUUUUUCUUUUGCCAAGUGUCUCAAGUUUCUUAUUUAAGUGUCUUUACUUUGACAAGUUUGUUCACAUUAUUCACAGUCAAACGUGUCUGUUGAAUGAUUCUGAUGAAAGCUGAAAACCAAGAAGCAGGUGAUUUAAAAAAAAAAAAGUUUUCUGAAUGAGCUAAACUUGAUCACUCUCUGCCUCCAGUACACUGGGAUUGGACCAGAACAAGGAAAUGAACAGUCCACACUUGAGUUCAGGGAAUUGACAACUGUUGAGCUACAACUGUUAUUUUCUGUGUCAUUUUCAGCAAUGACUAAUAUUAUGUUGUUGUUUUUUGUUUCUUUUUUUCUCAUCUUACUCAUGAAUAGAAGGUUAUACAUGUAACACCAGAAAGAAAAACCUGACAUCCUUUUAGCCUGACCAAAUGCAAUAAUAGAACACAAUAGUUUGGAAAGGCUCAGGAAGCUGUUUUUGUUUUUUUGUUGUUUUUUUUGUUUUGUUUUUGUUUCUUGACAUAUGCAUCAAGUUACAUGAUAAUAAUUUAGUUUUGUUCUUAACUUCGCUGUUCUAUAUUCUUUACUGUUCUUCCUUACCUAUUCUGCCAUCAUUACACAUGUCUGAUCAAAUCACGGCCCCCCAAACAGUUAUUGAGUACUGUUUAAGCCCGCACACGUGGCUCUCAGUAUUCUAGAGUUCAAGAUAAUUAUUUUCAUCAGUCUAAAAAGCUUUUUAAAAAAUCAGAAAAUAAUCCGAUAAUUCUAACUUUCAUCCAAAGUUCACUUAUUUUCAAGUAUCAAGAGGAUGAUGAAGUAUGAGUGUCAGUGACCUCAAAUUUGAAAGUAACGUGUGAUCCAACAGAGGGCACUCUUAAGCACCUCUCAGCCUAAGCUUCUUAAAAGAAAACAGGAAGGUAAUGUUGUUUUGAUGUUGGCCUCCUGAAGCCAGAAUUUAUCUUGUGUGAAGUUCAACAGAAUCUAGAAUACUUCCAUAGUUUCACUCUUCAUUCUUUGAUUUUUCUCUUUAGGAAACACUAGGGGCCAGGACUUAAAGCUGUCGGCGUUAUGACAAAUAUCAUUUGUAUAUGUGGGAUAGAGAUUUUUUCCAUAUAUAUAUUUUGAGGAAACAAAAUCUACAAACCCCAUGUUAGCUCAGGCUCUGUGUAACCGUCAGAAGAAGAUCGUGCAGAUUUCUUGGUAAUGGCUCUUCAGAGACAUUAGACAUGUUUUGCAGAUUAAAAAGAUAUAUUGUUCUUUUGAAGUCGGCUUCGGUGUCACCAGGUGUUAGGAAGAAUCCUUUUGAAUUCUCUGUUGUUCUGACAUUACUUCCUCGAGGCUGCAGCGGCUCACAACACUCAGAUUUCAAAUUGAUUUAAGUCUUUCUCCAGGAAUGAUGAUGGCUAACACAGUUUCCUAGAAAGUCAAACACGAGAGACUGUUUGAACAGAUCUGUGCGAGUGGAACACUUCAGCUGUUUCAACCAGACCACCUCUAAUGAGUGUGUAGUACAUGUACGACAGGUUGAGUAUCUGCUGUGUGGAUCUUUAAAGGACGAGGAUGAUGCGUAAACCGUGGAGCUAAUGGUUUGUUCUAAAACGAGCAAUGGAGAGGGAGGGCAAAGGGGAGGGGGCAUGUGCAGACGGGGUGUUUCCUGUGUCAGUGAUCGUCUCAUAAUGUGUCUGUGACGGGGGACAGGGUUUCAGUUUCUUGUUGAAAAUAUUGGAACGAUGGGGAGGGGGAGUCUGAGUUGUGUCCAUUUGUGGGGUCAAGGAUCCAAACAAGGGGCAGAGCAAAUGAUCUGGAUGUCAGCAGAACAAAUUGGUAUUUUUAAGACUUGGCAUAAAUGCCACCAUGUGGCCAUAUGAUGCAAGUUGUUAACGAGGACAAACAUGUUAUUUUAAUGUUAUUUUUUAUUUUGAAAUCAUAUUAUUAAUAAAGUCAUUAAGUACUGUCG